CCGGGAGUGGAGGUACUAAACAGCUUCUCUCCCCUGCGCAACAUUUGAGACUCUCAAGCAUACUGUCGUCUCUACAGACUUGUUGAGAUAGUCUGUUCUUUUGUUUCCUGCAACACAAUACUUUCGUUCAAUACAGAUUUCACCAUGUCGGACAUUUCAGUCGAUGUCCUCGUUAUCGGAGCAGGCCCAACUGGUUUGGGUGCUGCGAAGCGACUCAAUCAGAUUAAUGGUCCGUCAUGGCUGAUCGUGGACUCGAACGAAAUUCCUGGCGGUCUUGCUUCGACAGAUGUGACCAAAGAAGGAUUUCUCUACGAUGUCGGCGGCCAUGUCAUCUUCUCGCACUACAAAUACUUUGACGACUGCAUCGACGAAGCUCUGCCCAAAGAGGACGAUUGGUACACACAUCAAAGAAUAUCCUACGUUCGUUGCAAGGGAAGAUGGGUGCCAUAUCCUUUCCAGAAUAAUAUUUCCAUGCUGGACAAGGAAGACCAAGUCAAAUGCAUGGAUGGUCUGAUUGAUGCAGCGCUGGAAGCAAGAGUCGCAAACACAAAACCCCAAGAUUUUGACGAGUGGAUUCUGCGCAAUCAAGGCGUUGGCGUCGCCGACCUGUUCAUGAGACCAUACAACUUCAAAGUCUGGGCUGUUCCAACCACAAAGAUGCAAUGCCAAUGGCUUGGAGAACGUGUCGCAGCACCCAACCUCAAGGCUGUGACCAAGAACGUCAUCCUGCAGAAGACCGCUGGCAACUGGGGCCCCAAUGCCACCUUCCGAUUCCCAGCCCGCGAUGGGACUGGAGGUAUCUGGAUCGCUGUAGCCAAUACUAUCCCGAAAGAGAAGAAGCGCUUUGGCAAGAAAGGCACCGUUAAGAAGGUCAACGCGGACAAGAAACAGGUACUGAUGGAGGAUGGGACGACCAUACACUACCAGAGACUGGUCAGCACCAUGGCCGUGGAUGCCCUGGCGGACGCAAUGGAAGACCAGAAGCUGGUGGACUUGUCCAAGGGCUUGUUCUACAGCAGCACUCAUGUUAUCGGAGUGGGUGUUCGUGGCAGUCGUCCGGAGCGGAUAGGCGACAAGUGUUGGCUGUACUUCCCCGAGGACAACUGUCCGUUCUAUCGAGCCACCAUCUUUUCGAACUAUUCCCCCUACAACCAACCGCAAAAGGACGCCAAGCUGCCCACGCUACAACUCGCCAACGGUUCUCGCCGACAGAGCAUGCAAGCAAAGGAAGGCCCCUACUGGUCAAUCAUGCUGGAAGUGUCCGAGUCCAGUAUGAAACCUGUCAACCAGGAGACCCUACUGAAAGAGUGUAUUCAAGGGUUGGUCAAUACUGAGAUGCUCAAGCCAGACGACGAGAUUGUCUCGACAUAUGUUCGACGCUUUGAUCACGGGUACCCUACCCCGACCCUGGAACGUGAAGGAGUCCUUAAGCAGCUGCUUCCCGCUCUUCAAGAGAAAGGGAUCUGGAGUCGAGGACGAUUUGGCUCAUGGCGAUACGAAGUUGGUAACCAGGACCAUUCCUUCAUGCUCGGAGUGGAAGCGGUCGACAACAUCGUCAACGGUGCUGUGGAGCUGACACUCAACUCUCCCGACUUUGUCAACGGACGACAGAACACGGAACGAAGACUGGUGGAAGGAGCACAAUUGUUCGGCAAGCAGACAGCCCCUAACGUGGUUGUGGGACGACGAAUGACAGGCGGAAAGACGGAACUAGGUGGACGGAUGGAGACCAGCGGCAAAGAUGGACUGAACGGCAGUGCCACCACUGCAAAUCCAGUCAAGGACGGUAACACCCGAGUGUUGAAUCGAAAUCAGUGAGUUCGGGAUGAGGCCGGGAUGCAUUUGGUUGAAGCUAUGCACAUAAUGGGAUGAAAAGCUGGAGCACGGGAUCCUAGAACUGUCUGCGUUUCAAGAUAUGGGAAAGACAACGAGUCCGUACAUAGAUUGUAAGACGUGAGCUUCUGGCACUGUUGAUAGAGGAAUUAGAAGGUAGAAGACAUCUCUCUGCCGUCCUGGACCCUCGGUUUGAUAAAGUGGAUGUGGAUAAU